UACAAAGCCUGUGAAAAUAAUGAGGUGGUGCCGUGCAUGGCUACCUGUAUAUUAUUGCAAUGAUGCAUUGCGGUGCGGUAAGUAUGGUGGCCUCUUCUCUACUGAACUAACCAUAAGGAAACAGGAUGUGGCCGUUGCACAGCUCUGUAUUUACCGGCGGGUCUACAAAGUCAGGACCGUCCUACCUGCUCUUCAUUGCUACAGCUCGGAGCUAAAAAUGUGCCCGUUCUUCAACAAUGACACGUCCGCUUAGGCAAAGGACCAAUGAAAAAGUCUCUCUCUCUCUCUCUCUCUCUCUCUCUCUCUCUCGUGUUUAGGAGUAACUAGAUAUAUUUUGCAUUUAAUUAACAAACGUCACUAUGUUCCCUACAGAGGGGCAAUGUGAUAUAUAGUAGCCCACAUGAACCAUUGAUUUUGUAUGUUGCUAUGGGCCGUUAUCUUGUAGCUCCGUGCCUGUGAAAUCACCACUGUCGGUGUACCGAAUUAUUCACAGUAUAAAGGGCCACUCUGUGGCUGCCAGGUGCCGGUAGUUUACAUUGAUUGCUGCUAAUGCAGCCCCGUGUCUGUUUCUAAUAGAUCCUCAUCACCCAGUCACUAAAACCGUAUGAAAAUAAGAGCAAAGCAAUUCAAUUUCUUUAGCGUGCAGUUUACUACACGCGUGCAGUAAAAUCAAUUAAUGUGCGGUCAGAGAGGCGAGUUGAGAAACCUGACCCGUCUUGGUGUCCCGGAAUUAUAAGACCGGUUGGCAGCCCUCGUCCUAAUACUAAUACUAGAUGUUUUAAAUUGCUGCGUGUCCCUUGAAGGCUGGUUUUGGGAUGACGUAAUGGCUCCGGCUGGGAAGUCUCGCGUGGUUCUGCGAGGUCUCCCCUCAGUUCCAUGAUGGCUGAAGAUCCCGGAGGAGCUCAUUGCAGUUUUCCUUUCAUUUCUUUCCGUUUCCCCGUGUCUCUGCGUGUCGCCGCGACAUGGCAGGAGCCGCAGCCUCGAUAACCGGCCCCAGACUCCCGCCGCCAUGCCCAAGAAAGGGAACCGAAAACGGCUGAAGUUCCGUGCCGAGGAUGUUUGCUCGGAGUCAGUCACCGUGGCAGAUUAUGCCAAUUCUGACCCAGCUAUUGUGAAGUCUGGGAGGGUGAAAAAAGCCGUUGCAAAUGCGAUUGAAAAAGAAGUGAAGUUACUGUGUGGCUUGGAAGCCUCUCACGGCCCCGUUCAGGAGGUGCUGUCCUCCACCGCGGGGGUCGGAGGACAAGCCCAGGAGAGCAGUGACGAGCUGGACGCAGAGGACUGCACCGGCGAGCUGAAGGCCUCCAGGAAAAAGAAAAGCAAAAGACACAAAGUGAAUGCUGAUUCAGAGGGUGGAGCAGAGUAUCCCGUUGAUGUCUGGCUGCUCUUGGCUUCGUAUAUCCGUCCAGAAGAUAUCUGUAAAUUCGCUCUCAUCUGUAAGAAUGCGUGGGCUGUUUCCUGCACUGCUGCGUUCUGGUCCAGGCUGUACAAACGGCACUAUAUCUCGGACGCACACUUGCCUGUGCGUCUCCAGCCCGACUCCAUUGGAAAGAUGAGGGGUCUCCGUGCUUGUGUGAUUCGCUCUCUGUAUCACUUCUAUGAGCCUUUCUGCUCCCGGCUCUCAAAAAGCCCCUCUAUCCCCGAGUCGACUCCUACAGCUGUCCUGAAUUCAAAGUGUUUGCUCUUUUGGGUCAACAAGAUAGUUGGGAACAGACCAGAAGUGCUGUGGGAAUUCAAUUUUAAGUUUCUAAAGCAGCCUCCCAAGUUUAAGAACGGCUGUGGAAACGGCCUUCAGUUUCCGAGGCAGUACCAGGAAGUUCACACCAACCCUGACCACGACUGCUUCCUGCUGCGGGUCACGACGCUGAAUUUCAUCUUCACUCCUGUAGUCAUGGGCAUGACGUUAACCCUGCUCACAGUGAACGUGAGUACAGACAUGAGGCACCAUCGCGUGCGCUUGCUGUUUCAAGACUCCCCCAUGGUGAAGGGCAGGAGGCCCCGGAAUGAGCAGGGGGUGCAGAUCGUCCUCGACCCCGUGCACAGCGUGCGUCUCCUGGACUGGUGGCAUCCGCAAUACCCCUUUUCCAACCGGACUUAACAGCAUCUCCUAACCACAUGGUGCAAGGGCACAACACAAAACCAUGUGGGUUUUAAUUGAAGACAUGCAACUUUAAUUAUUUAAAGAGAAAUUUAAAAACUAUGUAAUCGGACGCCAAAGCACUUUUCCCUUACUCCUGUUUUGGUGCAGUGUAAUAGCGUUGUUACCGAAUGCUGUGUUUCAGUUGUUGGUGUGUGCUUGGGACAGGUUUUGUGUCUUUGUGUAGAGUAUCAUAUUUGUCCUAAUUUGUAUAAGACAUACCCUUGGUAGUUGUAUAAAAUUCUGCCUCUACAGAUUCAGUACUGUAUAAUAUAUAAUCUCACAAAGAAUUCCUUUAUUCCCAGUAAAGAGUGCGUCGGGGGUGAAAGAUGGGCCAUGCUCUUUACCUGGUGCAGAAAGCAUUGCAUAAUGUGUGUGUUUUUUAAAAAAAAAUUUAUAUACAAGGGAGGUGUUUCAUAUUAUCCAGCAGAAUUUUAAAUGGUCCUGUACGAAGAUACAUUAGAGAAAUGUAUGCAAGUAAAUACAAACUCAGGUGUUUCACAUUUUGAUUUUAAUAAUCUCUUUCAGGAGUUAAAUGGGCAUUCGGGUUGAUGUGUGUAUUUUUUUUUUUUUUUUUGCAGCUAUAGUCUUUUUUAAUUUUCAAAACAUUUUACUUGACGUAAGCACAGAGAGCAUUGGAAAGACCCAUCUGCAGCCCAGCUUAGUCUUUAGAAUUGAAACAUGAGUUUAGAUUUACAGGUACUGUACUCUACUGAAGAGGCUGUUUUCAAACUUUUUUUUGAUGGUGUAAUACUAAAGCAGAGACACUAGGUGGUGCUAAUGUCAUCUCUGCUCCUAAUCCGCAUCUUUUGUGGUGUAAAACAAGGUGCUGUGUCCCUAUUAUGUCUGUGGAAGAUGCUACUGUGUAUACAUUUCCAUUCCGCCAGGAACAACUAACACUAUAGUAAUGAUCUUCAUAUGAACAUUGCAGGCACCGUUACAUACCACUUCAUUGUGGAUUUAGGGUAGAAUAUAGAAACGUGCGUUCAGUGCCCUCUGCUGGUAGCAGACAUGUUUGCAUAUUUAUCUGGAUAUGCUUCCCCUGUUUUGUUCACAGGUUAGAUUCUGCUGCACAGGCAGUUUGCCAGUGUAAUGGCUUUAACAGUAUGUUAAUGCAUUUCAACAUGUGGAAUUAAGUUGACUGGAAGUAAUGGGAAGUGUCUUUUUAAGGUGUUUAAGUGCUGAGUAGAUAGAGUCCCUACAGGAGGAUAUAAAGAGCCUGCUUUGUGAUUCAGGUAAACACACACACGUUAUUUCCUAAAAAUCAUGAAUACAAUGAAACACGCUAGGCCUGAAAAUCUAUAUAAAUAAAACUUGUAUAAGCAGAAUUAAUUGUUGUUGGUGUUCUCCUUUACAGUAUAUAAUGUUUUUUUUUUUGGGCGGGGCGGGGCGGUCUUUAUUUUUUGCUCCCGGUGCUGCAGUUCAGCCUCACGUUAUUUGGUACCAGGAAGCAGCCGUUUUUCAAUCGUGUUUUGUUUGGACGUGUUCCAUCCAGUUAUUAAAGGGCGUCUUUGUGGCUCUGGCAGUGCAGGUUACGCUCUGGUUAAAUCCUCAGAUUUGAAGAAGUGAUUAGCAGGCUUUGCUGUCUGAACGUCAGUGUCGUCCGUGUCAUCAUUGUAAAUGUUCUAUUGCAAUAUUAAACUGCAAACAGAGCUGUGCAGCUUCCUAAUUAAACCGCAGCGUUUUUAAUAGUGGCAACGAUCAAGAAGAAGAAAAAAAAAUAAAAUAAA